UCACUUGCGUGCCCUCAAGAACCAAGCCCGAAUUUUUUUUUUUAGCUUUUUAAAGUCGGCCAUGUUGGCGUUCCUUGUUGUGAGAAACGGAGGGCUGGCGUACAGCUGUCUGAUUGAUGUGGACCGACUCCAUUCCAGCGAGUUUCUUCCCGUGUUGCCGAAUUCCCUUCGGCAAUUAAACCCGGUUGUUCCUUCGGAAUAGCCUCCAAAAGAAAGUCAACAUCUUCAAUCCAAGAAGGAGGAGUGUGGACUGUUUAGUGAGCAAUGACGCCGAGUGUAUUUGCAUAAUCUCCUGGCGGCCAAGGAAGUGCAACAAUUGAGAGUUUUCCAGCUUCAAUAAAGUUGGGACUUUUAAUAACCCUGACUUUUUUUUCUCGGCGGAGGUCAGUCAGCCUCAACGAAAUCAUGGUUUUCGAGGAAGAAUUGGUGAUGGAUUCCGAGGAGCGAGUGCCUCUCAGUUCCCGGAGCCUCUACACCCCGAGUCCCCCCUCCACCCCUGGCCCCUCCCACGUCACCAUAGACCCGGCUCGCUUCCACCUUCCCGGCAUGCCCGACCACAAUAACAGCGCCCUCGCCAACGGCGGAGAGAAACUCCCCUUCAACAAGGCCGGCACUCACCGGAAGAUUCCAUUCUACAACAAGGGGUGGGGACGGAGGGGCAACCGCAGGGCUUGGAUGAUAUGCCUGGCUGGGUUUAUCCUAGACAUCCCUUUUAUGGGAAUGGUCAUGAGCUUCGGUGAGCUACUCUUGCCGUUGCUGGAUACGUUCGGUGGCAGCACCGCAGCCAUAAGCUGGGUUGGUUCCAUUGCCUUUGGAAUGGCGUACGUUGGCAACCCCAUCUCCACGCCUCUCUACAACCGCUUCGGUUGCAGGCGUGUCUCUAUGGUGGGCGUGUUUUUGGGCGCCACCGCCCUCUUUCUCUGCUCCUUCGUCACCGAGUUCUGGUGGAUGUUCGCCACCUACAGUCUCAUGUUCGGCUGCGCCACCAACCUAUGCUACAACCCGCCUUUGAUACUCACGGGUGCCUGGUUCCCCGUCAAGAACCACGUGCUGGCAACGUGUGCUCUGGUCGCUGGUAUCCCAUUUGGCUCCCUAGUCAUGAAUCCAGUCUGCCAGAGCCUCGUGGAGACUGUAGGACUUCGGAACACUUACCGAACGUUGGCGGCGCUUGCACUCGUCAUAGGUAUCCCAUGCUGCCUCGUCUUCAAACAGCCGCCUUUGGAAGACGAAGACGACACGCGGUCGCUGGAGGGCAGCAUUGAGAGCACCGAAGUCGAUGGGGAGUGGCUGACAGAAAUGAUCAAGCAGGAAAAAGAGCCGCCCAUACGGAAGCUCUUUGGUGUUCGUGUCUCACUCUGGCUGGAUCCAGUCUACAUUCUUUACAUGGUCGGGCAGCUUUUUAAAGGAAUAGGAUAUGUUUUCCCCUUCAUUCAUUUGAUUCGCUUUAUGGACACCAUCGGAAUCGAGCCCUCCUCCGGCGCAAUCAUCAUGACAAUCAAGGGCGCGGCCGAUAUGGUGGGCCGAUUCUCGGCAGGUGUGCUCGGCGAGAAGUUACCCUUCCCCCUCAUCCAUAUGUACGUUAUAUGUCCCUGCAUCAUGGCCAUCGCUACUUACCUUUGCACCUUUGCGAAAAGUUUCGUCGCCAUGUUUUUCUACGCCCUGGCUAUAGGUUUCUUCAAUGGAGUCUUCAAUGCGCUCAUCUUUUCAACCACCACCUCCCUCUUCGAUCGAGACUCGGCCAAGGAGGCCUGGUCCUUCUGCCAAGUCCCCCCAGGAAUUGCCAUCAUCAUCGGCCCUGGGAUCGCAGGGAUGGUCUACGACCUCAGUAAAUCCUACAUCGUGGAUUUCUACGUCAACACGGCCGUCUUCGAGGUUGCCAUGAUCACUUUCCUCCUCGUUCCCGCCAUCCAACUAUGCAGAAGGUUACGAUCGCCGACAGUCGUGGAAGGAGGCGGCAAUGACGGGUCAACCAACGUCAUGGAGAUGUCUCAAUUUGAGAGGCAACGGAAAAUUAUGGCAAACGGUUAUCAAUCCAUGAAAUAACGUGCAACGAAAAUUGAAAAUCACAAUAUUCUGUCUUACAGAUCAUGAUACACGGUUGGGGGCGCUCUAACAACAACACUUGGUGGGAUACACAUUUUUUCUUCUGCACACAAGCAAAGUCAUUUGCCUUAAUACGCAUGCGUUGAACAAAUCAGAUGAGUGAAUUUCUCUCUUAAAUUGUGUUUAUUAGAGUCCUGUACUGAUCGAUGAAUUAAACGCCAUCUUUUAUUCCCGAUUCAUGGCUUUGGAUAAGUGAAGCCCGUGAACACGUUAUAUACUGACGCAUGCGCAUUAUGGUUGCAGAAAAAGACAAUCGUUGGCAGGACCAGACUUCAGCGUGACGUCAAAUUAUAUACAUGUAUUGUGCCCUGUACCUAAAUGGAAAACUUAAGUUUUUUUCAUAUUAUACUUAAAAUUGAUACCUAAAAAAAUGAAAAACUUAGGGGUUAGUGAGUGCUGCGAGACACUACCGUAUUUACUUUCAAUUAAUGGACAAACUAAACAUAUAUUGAUAUGUAAAACGAAAAGCAUGCACUCAGCUAAUGACAGAAGUAGGAUAGAUCCUGGUUUGUGAGUGGAACAUUUAGCCUGUAAUUGUAUUUAUAGCGGAGAUUUAGGCCUUGUUUGUGAUAAAUUAUGUGAGUCAAUAAUAUUUAUUAAAGUAUACAUAGCCAUUUAUAAGUGCACAAAUAAAUGACUGGUGUAUAGUUGUAUUAUGCAAAGCCAAAUGUCUAUAAGAAUUGUAGAGAAAUAAUGAAUCAUUUUAUCAGGUCAGAUGCAACCAAUUGCAAUGGCAUUUUUUCUGUUUUCCAUCUGAUUAAAAAUGCAAUUUUAUGCAAAUUGGACUACGCGUGUAUGAUGUAGGCUAUAUUGAAUUCUCGGUCAUAUAUAUUUCACAUUAUUUGAAUAAGUUAAAUAAAUGAAUAAAUAAAUGUUACCAUAGUUGCUACAAACUGUAGUUGGUUCCAGCUCGAAGAAAUAGAAUAAACCGAAUAAACACAGACCUAUACCGAUUA